GCCCAUUCUUGUGACGCCCCUGCUUCAGACUCUCAAAUGUCCCAUGUAACGCAAAUGCAGCCUCACUUCUGACCUGGUAAAUGGCGGUAUUUCUGACAGCACGUGAAGGCAGCACAGGUCCAUCCUCCCCAUCAGCAGUCCGGUCAACAACACUUCAGCUGCUGCAGGACUCAGCUGCAAACUUCACCGACUCUCUGCACUCACACAGCCCGACAUGGAUGCACUCAAGUCGGCCGGGAGAGCCAUCAUCCGGAGCCCCAGCAUGGCCAAACAGUCGUGGACAUCCGGCAGACACAGAAAGCUUCCAGAGAACUGGACCGACACACGGGAGACCAUCAUAGAGGGGAUGACCUUUAACCUGCGUCACCUCGGCAUGACACUAGUGGACCAGCCCAAAGGGGAGGAGCUGUCAGCGGCUGCAGUGAAGAGGAUCGUGGCCACGGCUAAAGCCAGUGGGAAGAAGCCUCAGAAGGUUGCUCUGAAGGUUUCCCCUCAGGGAAUCGUCCUGUACGACAGCUUGACCAAUAAACUCCUGGAGAACGUCUCCAUAUACAGAAUAUCCUACUGCACAGUGGACAAACUUCAUGACAAAGUGUUUGCUUACAUCGCUCAAAACACCCUCAACGGGACCCUGGAGUGCCACGCCUACAUUUGCUCCAAGAGGAAAGUGGCUCAGGCGGUGGCUCUGACGGUCGCCCAGGCCUUCACGGUAGCUUUUGAACUCUGGCAAGUUGCCAAAGAAGAGAAAGGGAAGAGAGUGAAGUCGGGUUCAGCUGGAGAGGCCAGCAGCAGCUCCCACUCAGAGAGAUCCAACAGCCUGGGGAGCCUGAAAGGGACAGAAGAUGUCGCCACAGACAACCUGUUGGACUUUGAGGACAGUGUGAAUGUGGUGGUGGAGACCAACGGGAACAUAGAGGAGGAGGAUCAGCUGGACAACCACAGGCCCUCUGAGACCAACAAUAACCCUGCCUGGGAGAUAGAAGAUGGACUGGAUGAAGCCUUCUCCAGCUGUGCUCUGGAUAGCUAUGGUUCAUGUCCAGGUAAAGUUGAGUCCCACUGUCAGCUGUUAGGAGUCUUACCUAGUGUAGUCGUCCUAAUCACUAACCUGACUGUAACCCAUUUCAUUCAAUCACUGCCAAACCCAAUCCCACUGAUCACAGGUCAGUAACGUUAGUCUGUAGUGUGACAUAGUUUCCUGUUGUUUCCUCCCAGAUGUCGCCAGGUGCAGAAAAGAGAGCUGAUUCAAAGUAUUGAGUUUCAGUCAGAGUGAAAAAUGUCAUCGACUCAUCUCACCUUAAAUUACCUUUUUUUUUUCUGAUAACCUCCUUCAAAGUCUGUUUGUCUUUCACUGAAUGGACUGGAUCAGUGGCAGUAACGUGACUCCGCCACACAGCCAGAGCUUUGCUGCACAGUUACAGUGUUUGUGGUGUGAAAGUGGAGCAGUGGGUCACUCGAGUCUGGUGACUGAUCAAACAGUUUAUUCUGUGGUUCAACACAACUCAAUCACAGUAAUCCUGUCGACCUCCGACUGCACUUUGCAUAUAUUAUUAUCCCGGAGAGAAAAGGCCGUUUGCAGCCAAACCAGGAUCUUAAUUAGGAGAGGCUUUAGUUACACAAACAUGUCUGUGAGGCUUAAAAUCACUGCUCGACCCAAACUUUAAAGGGAGGAGCUAAAGAGCAGCAGCUGCUCUGGCUAAAGCUCGGCAUGCGUUCAUGAAAAUCAGGCCAAUUUGGGCCCAAAUCCCUGUCCUGACAAUCGUCACACUUUUGAUGAUUAUAAAGAUCAUCUUGCCAAAUUUUCCUGUGGUGUAGGGUCUGUCAAGUGUUUUCUACAUCCCCAAUCUGUUCAGAAGAUUAAACUUGUUAAAUAUUUAAGAUCCAAAAUCCUGUUGUGUGGGGGGAACCCAAGGACGUCCAGUGAUGCCGCAGGUCUCAGAGGGUUUUAAUGCAACAUCAGAUGGGACUCGACCAAAUGUUAGUCGACCAGAAAUCUCAUAAGUCAGCAAGAUUUCAUUGGUCGCUUAGUCACAGAAAAAGAAACAUGAAACUCUAUCAGGAGCUGCACCUUAUCAAAAUAAAUCCAAACCUAUAUGACUGGAGCAUGUGUGAGUUUACUUUUAAAGGACAGCCACAGGAAGUGUCCACGCUCAGCAGUCAGACAGGAGUCAGGUUAAUUUCCAGGGCUGGUACCUGCGGUUAUUCCACAGGCUAGUUAAUAACAUGUCGGGCAGGAUAAGGAAGAUUUUGCUGUUGCUCCGUGUGACACAUUUUCAUCUGACAUCAUUUAGUCUAGUUUUAAAUCUUGAUAAUGUGCUAACUUUAUUUAUUCAGCUGUCUGAGUAACACUGUGUUCUUAUUGUCAACCAAUCCUAGAAAAUGACUAACGCGUUGACAAGUAUUUCCUGUAAUAUUCAUAGUCCUAACUUGUUCUUCUGUGUUGGAGACCUCCAUUAAUGUGUAAGGACUCGUCACUGUGGUUCAAAGCCAACAGUUAUUUACUGAAUGUUUGCAAAACUAAUAAGCUGGCUGUGGAUUUUGGGACUGAUAGAAAAAAAAAGGAGAAUAACGCCAGUGUUAUCCUUUUUAAAAGUUUUGUAUACACUCAUUGGCCACUUUAUUAGGUACACCUGUUCAACUGCUUGUCAACGCAAAUAGCUAAUCAGCCAAUCAGGUGUCAGCAGCUCAUUAACAUUUAGUCAUGUAGACAUGAUGAAGACGAGCUGCUGAAGUUCAAACGGAGCAUCAGAAUGAUGAAGAAAGGUGAUUGAAGUGACUUUGAACGUGGCAUGGUUG